AUGCAGGCCCAGUAUUCCUUUAGCUUUCGUCGUGUCGUGGUGUGGCGCUCUAGUGGAGUUCGUUUGACCGAGAAAAUUCUUCCCCCAUCGCUAGGCGUGAAAGGUGUGCGGGCGUUCAAUGUGUGUAGUUUAAUUCGAAAGAUAAUUCAAUGCGCUUUCUGGUACCAUUGCUGGAGUGAUUGAACCCCCGAAACUGAUAUACUUAGCUGAAAUACGAGAUCACCACGGCCAGCGGAAGACAUUGUGGUCGCAAGACAUCCAGGAACGAAUUAUCUGUGCAGCAGCUUAGGACAAUCUUCUUGAGUAAGGAUGAGUCGACGCUACUCACGAGCGGAGUCCAGCUCGGACCUGCUGGCGUUUUUGGAUCGUGGUCAUUCAGCCAACACCGAAAACCGAUGGACAUUUGAAAUCGCAUGGGAAGUCGCCAAUAAGGUUGGUGGAAUCUAUACCGUUAUUCGCUCGAAGGCUUUUGUGUCUACAGAAGAACUGGGGGAUCAGUACUGCCUGAUUGGGCCAUACAAGGAAGCCUCAGCCCGUACUGAGGUUGAGGCCUGCGAGUUUCCCAACAAUGGACCGCUGUAUGGAGCCGUGUCAGCGAUGCGGAAUCAAGGAUAUAAAGUGCACUGCGGUCGGUGGCUGGUCGAUGGAAACCCUCAAAUCAUUCUGUUCGACAUUGGAUCGGCGGCGUGGAAAAUGGACGGUUACAAACAAGAACUGUGGGAGUCGUCCAACGUUGGAAUUCCGCAUUUAGACGUUGAAAGCAACGAUGCCGUUAUCCUGGGCUAUACAAUUGCCACUUUCAUCGCUGAGUUUAAGAGUUGCGCUGAUCAAUACUCGCAUGACAAUGAAUACGGUCCGCCACGUAUUGUAACCCACUUCCAUGAGUGGCAGGCCGGUGUUGGUCUUAUCGCUCUGCGAACGCGCCACGUAGAUGUUGCAACUGUGUUCACCACUCACGCUACUUUGUUGGGUCGAUAUUUGUGUGCUGGCAAUACAGACUUCUACAACAAUCUGGAUAAGUUUCCUGUUGACGAGGAGGCUGGCAAACGACAGAUUUAUCACCGUUAUUGUCUAGAGCGUGCAGCAACUCAUUUGUGUCACGUGUUCACAACAGUUUCGGAGAUUACCGGUUAUGAGUCGGAACAUUUAUUAAAGCGCAAACCAGAUAUCAUCACACCAAACGGUUUGAACGUGAAAAAGUUUUCGGCUAUUCACGAAUUCCAGAAUUUGCAUGCAAUGGCGAAGGAAAAAAUCCACGAGUUCACCAGAGGUCAUUUCUAUGGGCACUUCAACUUUGAUUUGGACAAAACUUUAUACAUGUUCAUUGCCGGUCGUUAUGAAUUCUCUAACAAAGGCGCCGAUAUCUUUAUAGAAUCAUUGGCCCGUUUGAAUCAUUUGCUAAAAUCAAAAGCUCCAGAUGUAACUGUGGUGGCAUUCAUGAUUUUCCCUGCCAAAACCAAUAACUUCAAUGUGGAGUCACUUCGUGGACAUGCCGUUACCAAACAGUUGCGUGAAACCAUCAACAACAUCCAGCAACAGGUUGGAAAGCGAAUGUACGAUACCUGUCUGAAGGGGCAUCUGCCAGACGGCAACGAGAUUUUAACCAAGGAAGACAUAGUCAAAAUCAAACGUUGUUUGUACGCGCUUCAACGCGAUGGAAACCCUCCGGUGACAACUCACAACGUCGUAGAUGAUUGGAAUGACCCCGUUCUGGAGUCUGUUCGCCGUUGUCAUCUAUUCAACACCAAAUAUGAUCGUGUCAAAAUCGUUUUCCAUCCCGAGUUUUUGAAUUCUACCAAUCCGUUGUUUGGGUUGGACUAUGAAGAAUUUGUUCGCGGUUGCCAUUUGGGUGUGUUUCCGUCGUACUACGAGCCAUGGGGUUACACACCGGCCGAAUGUACCGUGAUGGGUAUCCCCAGUGUAACAACCAACCUUUCCGGUUUCGGAUGCUUUAUGCAGGAACACAUUGCCGAUCCGAAGUCCUAUGGUAUCUACAUCGUCGAUCGGCGUCAUGUGGGUCUCGAGGAGAGUGUUCAACAGUUGUCCAAGUUUAUGUACGAAUUCUGCAAACUGAACCGUCGACAGAGAAUCAUCCAACGAAAUCGUACUGAGCGGCUUAGCGACCUACUUGAUUGGAGAAAUCUUGGAAUUUACUAUCGCCAGGCCAGAAUAAAAGCUUUGCAAACCGUGUAUCCAGAUUACGUCGAUGAGUCUGAGAGCUAUCUGAGGCGAGCUGCCGAUUUCAACUACCCUCGUCCAGUUAGCGCCCCACCAAGUCCAAGUUCUUCCAGACAUACAACACCUGCCCCAUCGCUGCAUGGAUCCGAUGAUGAACAAGAUUCUGUUGACUCUGAAGAAGAAUUACAAGAGCUUAAAAAGGCCAAUUUGAAUGACUAAAAGCAUAACCAAUAUCACUAUUAGGAGUUUGUAGUAAGCCAAUUGACACACAUACUCACUACUACGCUAAUACAGAGUAAGUUGCAAUGAAUGCCACCAUAAUUAGCUAAAGGUUCUGAAUGAGGAUGGUUCGAAGAAAUGCACAUGGAAGUCAACUUAAAACAUGAAACGUCUUAUUUUACGUGCCCUUCAGUCGUAAAUUCGUAUGCUGGUACUAUUUUUUUAUUUGUUAAAUUUUAAAGUGUGUUGUAAUUAUUUAAGAUGUCACGUUUCAAAAUUUUAUUUUUUUGUGCAUCCUGAUUUACUUGUCCAAUUUUCGCCUUCCUUGCUGUUACCUGUGUGUUCAGUCAUAAUAUAGAAAAAUGCUGUUGCCGAUAUUUGAAAAGUUUAUUUAGACAGUAAGAAGCGAUCAUGGCGAGAUGUUUAGAUUUUAAUCAAUUCUGUUUAUUUUAACAUCGCAAUCCUGUAGAACUAGGAAAUAAAUAGUCUGUUACAAAA